AUGGCCAAGAACAUAAACAUAAACAAAACGGCGAAUAGAACAGUCGAUGUUACCCUGCGAGCGCUGCAGCUCAUCUUCGCCACCAUAGUCAUGGGAACAGACGGCUACGCUAUACACGUCUAUCGCGGCCACACUGACUACGUGCACUUCGUUUACGGCAACUUCUACGCUUACGCCGGCGUCCCUGACGAGUGGGGUUUCUUGAUGUUCUGCGCUGGGUGGACAUUUCUGGGCGUCAUCUUCCUCUUCUUCGCUGCUGGGAUCAGCUUCGCGGAGCAUGCAGUGAUUGGUUCUGUUUCUGUCAUUGUUGAGGUUGUGGCUCUGCUUUCAUGGUUUGCUGGCUUCAUUGCCGUGUCUGUGAAUGUGGGGAGUACUACAUGUCCGGCGGAAGAGAACCACUGUGUGUUGCUCAAGGUUGCAAUAGUCUUCGGGGCAUUGGAGUGGCUGCUAUUCAUGAUUACCACGAUUCCGACCAUCAAGCUUGUCUUCAACAGCACUCGGCGGCAUAAGACUUCGAUAACAGAAGUUACGACACCGGUUUGA